AUGCCUACCUAUAACAGUGCAGCAGCUGCUAUCAACGCCAAUGGUAUGAUUCAGACAAUAGGCCCACCAAAGACAGGCAAGAUGGUCAAGACGAAGUGGACCUUGCUCAAAAAAACAUUCAAUCAAAUCGAGGUUUAUCGCAAUGUGUCUGGCUCUCAUUGGGACAAUGUGCAGGGAGCUGGAAUUGAGGGCACUGCUGCUGCGAGCAUUUGGGAUACAUAUGUUGUGGCAAAGUCACAAAUUGCAAUGCGCCCCUUGCGCAACAAAGGGUGGCCCCCAUAUGACGACAUGCAGGCCAUCCUAGGCGAGAACAGCGGUGCUCAUGGAAGGCACACAUUCCACCCCGCUACUACAGCCCCCGCCUCCAUCAGUAUUGAUGAUGUGCUUGAUGACGCUGAUGGAGGCCUCAACCUUCUUGACAUGGAUGUGGACCCCAGUCAUCAGAGCCUCCACUACUACCGGCUCCCAGUCCAGUAA